UUUUUGUACCCUUUCACUAGGUACUCUGCCCCAUUUAAUAGCAGGACCACAUUUCUUCUAGCCUUCCAGGCACACUGCUCAUGUACAAGAUGUUCCUUUUAACCUUCAUAUCCCUCACUAGAUUCAGCUCCAGGUGGACUUCGACUUUUCUGAUACCAUUCCAGUACACCCAAGUGGUAUUUCUGUAUUGUGUGUGGCCCCACUUCACCUCUGUUCUGUUGAUUAGGAGAUCUCCACGACUCUCCACAUCAUCCCGCAUCCUUUGCCUACAAAUCCUAACCACCGCUGCUUUGACUGAUCAUAGGUCAAUACCUCCCUCUCUCAUCGUUCCUAGUCUAAGCCUUCCCCUAGCAGAUUGACUGGCCUGUUGGCAAAGAUGCUUUUAUCCCAUAUAGUGUCAGGUGGAUCCUGCCCACUCUCCCCAGCAGUUCUUCAUCCUCAGAAAAGGUUCUGUGCAUGUAAAAGGUGGAUACCAGCUUUUGACACGAGCUGCACAACCACUUGCUGGUCUGCAGGAUCUGUCUACUCCUCCUCCAAGGCCUUACCCUUCACCAUCAGGACAAAAGAGACACCAGCUGGCUACCAACCAUUGUCCAACACCCUCUGAGCCAUGUAGUCAUGCCUGACACACUCCCGGUCUCCCCUGACUACAUCCGUGGUGCUCAUAUGGAAGAGCAGGAUAAUAUUUUCUUCCUGGGUCAUGACAGAUUCUUACCUGUUUGUGUUCAAUGGCACGACGAAUUCACUUUGUGGUUGACCCUCAGGGUUGGUGCUGCAUGGGCCUGAUUAUCUUUGUCUGGCUGUACAAUACAAUCUUCAUUCCGAAAGUCAUCCUUUUUCCUCACUAUGAAGAGGGACAUAUUUCAGUUGUGGCAAUUUUGUGUUAUUACUUCUGCUCCUUGUUUUGUAUAGCUUCAUUACUAAGAGCCUCAGUAGCUGAUCCAGGAAGACUACCUGAAAACCCAAAGAUACCAAUUACAGAACGAGAAUAUUGGGAAUUAUGUAACAAAUGCAAUAUGAUGAGACCAAAGCGUUCACACCAUUGCAGUCGUUGUGGACAUUGUGUGAGAAGAAUGGAUCACCACUGUCCAUGGAUUAAUAAUUGUGUUGGUGAAGACAAUCAUUGGCUGUUUUUACAGCUGUGUUUCUAUACUCAGAUCCUUAGUUCCUAUACACUGAUACUUGAUUUCUGCCACUACUACUACUUUUUGCCUCUGAAAAAAGAAAACUGGGAUGUUUUUGUAUUUAGGCAUGAACUUGCUCUCCUAAGAAUAUCUGCCUUCAUGGGUCUAAUAAUAUUAGGUGGAAUAAGUGGACUCUUUUACACUCAGCUAAUGGGUAUUUUCACUGACACUACAAGUAUAGAAAAAAUGUCAAACUGUUGUGAAGACAUAUCGAGGCCCCGAAAGCCGUGGCAGCAGACCUUCUCAGAAGUUUUUGGCACUCAGUGGAAGAUCCUGUGGUUUAUUCCUUUCAGGCAGAGGCAACCACUGCGAGUUCCCUACCACUUUGCCAAUCAUGUCUAAACAGAUGGAUGGUGGGCACAGAUGGGUCCUCCAUGCUGGAAGUGCAUUACAGGUUUUAUGAUAAUAGGACUAUGACAGUCUUUCAAGUCAAUUAAAAUCCACCCACCAAUCAUAAGCAUCACAGUGUGCCCCAGGCUUUAUUUUAAUAGUGGUCUUGAUUCUGUUCUGAGAUUAAUAGAAGUUCUAUGUUUAACUUUAGACCUAUUUACUUUCAAUUGGUUUUCCAAAGAGAUUUCUUUUGUCUUUGAAUUUAAUACCAAAACCAAAUGACUGGAAUACAAUCUUACUCUAUUGUUUGAUACUGUCUCUUUUGAUUUUUUUUUUUUUUUUUUUAAAUUUUUUUUUUUUUUUUUGGGUAGGAAACACUGAAGUUUACACUGAUUGUCAACUUUCCCACUAAGUGUCUUAUUCUGGCUUGAGUUUUUUUUAGUGUUUUUAUCAGUAGGUCUUUAUAGAUAAUAUUCAUGUCUUUUUUGUGCUACAUGUGUUUAAAAUUCCCUCAUUUAAAUUUUAAAAUUUAAAACUGCCAUUUAUUUAUGGUAUGCAAUACUAAUCCUGCAGCACUUCACUAUAAAAGUUAACAUUUAAAACUAAGGCAGACUUCGUCCUAAACCUUUCUCAGAGAGGUUUUUAUAAAUACAUAUAAAUGAAUGUGUUCAUAUAGAGAACUCUCACAUCUUACAGUUAUCUUCCUGCAUAGAUAUGAUCUUAGUGAAAAAUAUUAAUGUCUUUAUGUCAAUAAAAGAGAUUAAAUGUUCAGGAUAAAAUAGAGAGAUAGAAAGCAUGUCUUCCGUAUAUCCCAAGGAUUUCUUUGCAGUAAUUCAACAAAAGUUGUAUGGUACAUAUAGUAGAAUGAUUUGGUUUUAAAAAUGCAGAUUCAAUUAUUUAGCAUAAUGUACCACAAAAAAGAGUAUAUUGUCAAUAAAGUUAGAAAUUUUAUACUUACUUUUCUUUAGUCAUGAUUAGCUGAAAUUUGUCUAAGUGUUUGUAUAUUGGAAAUAUAUGUAAAAAUAUUUUUUAAAAUUUAUACAUAAAUACAAAUAUUUGCUACUAACAUGUAGAGUGAAGUAUAUUAACUGAUUUAAUAGGGUACUGUGUUGAUGUACGGUAGCUUGUUGUGGGCCCUUCAAGUAUGGAAGUAGUUAACCAAAGAAAUCAUCCUUAAGAUUACAUCUGGUAAAAUGACAAUGAUUUCCAAACUACUGGCUCACCUUUGCUUUAUCUGGAAAAAUUAAUGUCAUUUAUUAUAGCCCUCUGUAUCCAUAGAUAUACCAGCAUGAGAUGAUUUUUGAAAGUCUGUGAAUUUUUAUGAGAAAUUCACAGCUUCAGCAUUUUCAGUUAUGGUGCUCAUUGUGUUUGUUGCCUAGUCUAACAGGACUAAGAUCCACCUGAAAUGACAGCCAUGCAACAGGAUAAUAAAAGGCACAACAAUAUAUGUAGAUCGUGUCUGGAGAGAGUAACAGUUCAUUUGUAAACAGCUCAUUCAGAAAGAAGGGCUAGACUUGUCCUGAUGGGUAUUCAUAAUGAACUUUUUGAUCAGCUCUUUUAAAAUCUUAACAUGGUCACUGCUAAUGUUGGGUGUCCCUGUAUUGAAUUAACAGAUUUUGAUGAUCCAUUGAAAGCUCCAAAAGGUGCAUCUCAGAAAUCACUUGAAUUUUAAACUUCUAACAUUUGAACCAACUUUACUUCCUUCUCCUUUUAAAAAUAGAUGCACUAUUUUCUUCAUUUAAAUUUCAAGCCUAAUGUUCAAACAUUUUUUUCAUGGGAUUUUGAGACAUGAAUUUAGACUUUAUAAUGGUAUUGGCAGCAAUAUUUAAACAAAAGGAGCUUGAGAAAAGUGGAUGGAAAGUCUGGAGCAGUGCUUGAAAUUUCUAAGAAUGUGCACGUACAUCAUAAAGUAA